AUGCCACCAAGAUCAAGUCAUCAAACCUCAUUACCCGAAGGCGACGGCGUUACGUACGACGAAUCCGACAUGGCACUCUUUCGCGCCAAACUUGCUUACCACUCCACUAUCGAGGAACGCAUGGCAUCAAGAGAUGCCAACCUUGUCUCCAUUGCAGAGCACCAAGGUCGACUCCUCAAACGUUGGGAUAUGUUGAAAGGACUGGAGAAAGAAAUGGCAGAGAAAGGCAAAAGCUUAGAACCCGCGGAGAGGCAACAACUAGCCCAGUACGCAUGGCGAUUCAAGACAUUGGAAAAAGUAGCGACGCAAAGCACCGCUGAUCAGCGAGGGUGUUGA